AUGGCAGCAAAAUUUCCUCAGCGCAAGCUUGGUGAUGAUUUGGUGAGCGCCAUCGGCCUUGGGUGUAUGGGCAUGACGUUUGCCUAUGCUUCCGGCGGCUUCAAUGAUGAGGAAGCGUACAAAGUCCUCACCCUGGCCGCGGACUCAGGCAUGACUUUUUGGGAUACUGCCGACAUGUAUGGGCCGUUCACCAACGAAAAGCUGAUCGGAAAGUGGUUCAAGGAGACCGGUCGCCGGAAUGAGAUCUUCCUGGCCACGAAAUUCGCGAACAGGAUAGUGGAUGGUAACUGGGAGAUUACGGGAGAUCCCGCGUACGUGAAGGAGGCCUGCAAUGCGAGCUUAGAGCGCCUGCAGACCGAUCACAUCGACUUGUAUUACCAGCAUCGCAUAGACCCCAAGACGCCGAUUGAGCACACAGUGCAGGCUAUGGCCGAGCUCAAGAAAGAAGGCAAGAUCCGCUAUCUGGGACUUUCUGAAUGCUCGGAACGAAGUCUGCGACGUGCGCAUGCCGUGCACCCCAUAACAGCGAUUCAGAUGGAGUACUCUCCCUUUGCGCUUCAAAUCGAGUCAGAGCCGACAAAUCUUCUGAAGGUUGCACGCGAACUGGGUGUCACAGUUGUCGCCUAUUCGCCUCUUGGCCGUGGCUUCUUGACUGGUACUAUCACCAGCAGGGACCAGCUCGACAAGGACGACAGACGCAGGAUGAUGCCCCGUUUUUCGGAGGAGAACUUCGCUGGCAAUGUAGAGCUGGCACAACUCCUUGGUUCCAUCGCGAAAGAGAAGGGAGCCACCCCUGGCCAGCUCUCUAUCGCAUGGUUACUUGCACAAGGCGAUGACAUCAUCCCCAUUCCGGGCACUAAGCGGGUCAAAUACUUGGAAGAGAAUAUGAAGUCAGUGGACAUCAAAUUGACCAAAGAGGAAGACGCGAGGAUCAGGCAAGCAAUUGAGAGUGUUGGUGGCUCAAAGGGACAGCGCUAUGCUCCUGAUGCCUUGAGCGUGCUAUUUGGUGACAGCCCUGAGCUAUAA